UCCUCCCUCGGAAUCAACGCAGCCGAGAGCAACCGCUCCGAUCGAACUGGCCGGCUACUCGAGCCGAGGGAGCCCCCGGAUUUUACCAAAACGCCCACGCCCCGGCUCCUUUUUUUCCCGAACCCACCCUCCCCGAUUCAAACCGUCGCCGCCGUCGCCGAGUGAGUCGCGACUCCCCCAGCGGCGGCCUGCGACCACCCCGUUCCCACCCCGUCGCGUCUCCGGGAAACCGCAUUUGCUUUGCGCCCGUCCCCUCCCCCUCGCAGAGGUCCGAGAGCUGAGCUGCCCCGGGCGGGUGGGUCGUCGUCCGCCCGUGCUGCGGCGGGGGCGGCGGUUACGACGCGGAGAAUUCCGGCACGGGAUGCCGCGAUCCCCGCAGUGAUGUGCGGAUCGGAGCAUGGGUGUGACCCCGCCGGGAGGUAGCGGCUACUGGCGGAGGACUAGGAGCGGGAGCUGCUGACGCCACGAUGUACAUCGCGCGGGAGGCUACCAAGCUAUGGAGGAAGGUGAGCGCGGAGACGACGGCGGAGCUGCAGCUUCUGCUCGAGAAGUGGCAGUUGCUCCUUGCAGGAUUGGUGUUCCAGUACAUUCAUGGAUUGGCUGCUCGAGGAGUACAUUACUUGCACCGGCCCGGACCUCUGCUCCAGGACUUGGGAUUUUUGGCCCUUCCGGAACUUGGCCGAGAGAAAGGUUAUCUUAGCGAGAGCGUAUUCACGUUCAUCUUCAUUUCCUUUCUGUUGUGGAGUUUUCACCCUUUUAUUUAUCAUAGCAAACGUUUCUACACUGUUCUUCUGUGGCGAAGGGUGCUGGCAUUUUUAGUAGCUUCGCAGUUUUUACGGAUUAUCACAUUCUACUCCACUCAACUUCCUGGUCCAAAUUAUCACUGUCGUGAGGGCUCAAAACUUGCCACUCUUCCACCACCAAACAAUGCACUCGAAGUGCUCCUUAUUAACUUUCCUCAUGGAGUGCUUUUUGGUUGUGGUGAUCUGAUAUUCUCAUCUCACAUGAUCUUUACCCUAGUGUUUGUGCGCACAUACCAUAAAUAUGGAUCAAACAGGUUGAUUAAGCUCCUUGCUUGGCUGAUGGCUAUAGUUCAGAGUCUUCUUAUAAUUGCUUCUCGCAAGCACUACACUGUGGAUGUUGUUGUUGCUUGGUACACUGUUAAUUUAGUUGUAUUCUUUGUUGAUAAGAACCUGCCAGAAAUGCCAGAUCGUACAAAUGGGUUAUCUUUGCUUCCAGUAAGCUCAAAAGAUAAAGAUGGCAGGAUGAAGGAAGAGCUCCAUAAGCUUGACAGCAGGAUGAGGGAUGAGGUGCAUAAAUUAUUAAAUGGAAACUCUGUCGAUGCUACUGAUCGGCGACAACGAGUGCAGAUGAAUGGAAAGCAUGGAGAAGACAUGAACCACACUGUCUCUGAUGCCCCUCCCACGGGUACAUGAUCAGCUGCUUUUCAUUGUUCUAUUGUCCUCAACAUGGACAGGGGAAUCUGCCGGGAAAAAAACUUAAAAAAGAAGAAAAUUGCCUGGUGUAUGAUGAAAAGCUUCUCAGGUACCUGCAAGGCUGCAACAUCAUUUUGUUCUGCUGCUCUCUAUGGCAUGGUGACAGAUAAAUGAGGCAGUGUUGAAGUAGUGGUAGAAAAUGUAAAAGGAUCAGAAUCUCGCGGCUUUCCUCAGAUGCUGCUGCUACAGUUUUGCAUUCUUCAGACCUUUUAAAACCGAUGAUAUUAGAGAGAGAAAAAUUUGAUCUUUGAUGUAAAUAUCGAUUAGAUUCAGCUUUAGUUCCAGCUCUAAAAAAAAUAUUGUCAGCUGUGGUGAAUUGGUGAUUGCUAAUUUAUGUUCAUUGGUAGUAAUUGUAUGUGAGGCUGUGA